GUUAAAACAUGUACCUACCCACAACCAGCUUUUCUGGUCUCCCGUGUUAUUCCUUGACUUUUCAGUUCAAGGGAAAUUUCUGAGUAAUCUGGCCUCUGCAAAUUGACUUGGUCCCUAAAUAAUGAGUAAGAAAACCAUAGCACUAUAGCAGUAAUCUUCACUUUGAUUUUCACAUUUGGCACCAAGAAAAGUUUGAUAAAAAAAGAGAAAUUUAGGUGAAGCAAUGGAUAGCAAAAUGGUUUUUGCCUUGCUCUUUGUGAGUCUUGCACUACUACUUCUGUUUCCAUCAACAAAUUGCAGUACAGGGAUAGGAGAUGCAGCAGGUGGUGGUGAGUUCUCUGAUUCUCUUCAUGAAGUUUCAGACUGCAGUUUCAGUUCUUCAGUUGAGUUCCAACAAGAACAGCAUAUUGCUUGGGAGAUGACCAUACACGGUUUUAACAGCAGAACUGGACCUAAAAUGGCGUUAACCUUCCAAGAUUUGUACGGUAAUUCUACUCCGGUUGUACUUUCAGCUUUCUACGGAGACAAAAAAGGACACAUGGAUGAUAUAGAUAUUGUCACCCUCGUUUUAACUUACUGUUCGAGCAACAAGAUGCGGAAGCUUUGGGCCCUUAUUGUAAUGGAUGGCCCUUCAUCACUCUCAACAACUUCCUCGCGACUUCAAGGCGCUAUAAACAGUACAUUUCGGGGAACCUACAGAAGCCAGGACUCGAGUUCCGGUAGCGCCGGAAAAAAGAUGAUCGACGGGGCACUGGUGAUAUCAAACACUACCCAGUUUUUGGGCGUAAAUAUUAAUGACAAGAACUACAGGACAUUCACAGAGCUUUAUAACUCUUUUGAUGAACUGGUUGAGAUGGUUGUCGUUGAGGUAUCGCUUAGAUCUAUAAAGAAGUGGUUUGAUACAGCGGUUGGUGACAUAGAGAUUACAGCAGAUCAUCACCAGCCUCCGAGAUUCUCUCGGAAAUAUUUGGAAUCACGGUUCACGAUGGUGGUUAAGGCAAAACCCAACGAAUUGGACAAAUUUUGGUGGUUCCUAAGCCCCUUCACACUAGAGAUGUGGCUUACUUUGGUAGCUUUGAGUGUAUUUACAGGAUUUGUUACCUGGAUAAUUGAACGGCGGAACGAGAAUGGACCUAAUUUGGUAGAAGCUCUGCUAUUCUUUAUGCAUAGAGAUGCACCAAGGAACAGAUUAACUAAUUUUGUGCAGGUCCCAUGGUUAUUCCUGGUCCUGGUUGUCACUUCAACCUAUACAGCGAGUUUUUCUUCCAUGGUAACAAGCUCAGAAACUAAGCCACCUUGCUUAGAUAUGGAAAACCUCAAGCUAACAAAUGCUAUUAUCGGUUGUGAUGGAGAUUCUAUUAUCUUCCGUUAUUUAGUUGAAACCCUUGGGUUCAAACGAAAGAAUAUCAAGAACAUGGCUCGAUCUUCAAUCGAUGAUUACGCAAAGGCUCUAUCAAGUGGAAAUAUAAAGGCUGCAUUCUUUUCAACGGCUCAUGCCGAUGUUUUCCUCGCUAAAUACCGGAAAGGCUUCAGCGCGUGGGAACCAAUCCGUAAUCUACCCCAUUCUACACUUGUGUUUCCACGGGGUUCUCCGUUUAUUUCAGAGCCUAAGUUCAAGCAAAUGAAGGAAUAUAUGCUAUCUUUUUUGGAUUGUUCAGGUUCAACAAUUGAUGGCACCAUGAAACGAGGAAUAGGACCAGGCCCCUUCUCAGGUUUGUUCUUUUUAUCAGGCGGUGCAUCUGCAAUUGCAAUGUUAAUCACGCUCAUUCGUCUGAUUGAAAGACCUUGGGAGAACUACAUUCAGAGAAUGUUGAUGGGUAGAGAACUUUGGGUGUGGCUCACUACUCUGUUUCCUCGAAACCAUCGGAGAAAUGAGCUUCAAAUUCAAGUCCAAGGAUAAUUUCCCCCUUCCAAACACAACUCAGCAGCUCCUGGUUCUAGGACGUGCUGCCGAGUGUGAUGUCUUUGAGCCUGUGAUUAAAUAGCUCUCGUUGCUAGGCCUGUUGUCCCUCAGCUGCAUCAUCCAAGUGGUGUGCUUUCGGGUCUAGUCUCUGUUGUUUUGACUGUUUCUUUAAUGCUUUUUCUGUUCUUGACUGGACGAGAGGCUACUCUCGUCGAUGUCUUGAGGCUGCUCUUCUUGUUCUUGGGUCUUUGGGCUAGAGGCUGUGGCGCCUGAUCAUUUUGGAUUUUGCUCUUUCUAUGUUUAGCACAGGCCAUUAGGAAAAGGGUAAAGAGCUUCUUGCGGACCUUCCAGCUCACUUAGGUUAGAAGAUUGCAGCUGAUCUCUGAGAUAAUAUCUCUUUUUGUAAAUAUGCGUAUUCUGCUUCUGCACAAAACAGUCUA